CUUCAGAUGGUCCUGGACAGUGAGGAAGAGUUCACUUUUUCCUCGGAAGAAGAACACGACUCUGACGAUGAACGUCUGUAUUUUGAAGAGCGACUUGAUCCAGCUGAAGAUACAGUUUCUGAUGAAAAUGUGGAUCCAUCACUCUCGCAUUCACCUGCAAUUCUCACUAAGAGGGCACGCAGCAACACAGGCGAUAAUGAGAAAGAGAAUGUGGAUCCAUCACUCUCACAUUCACCUGCAAUUCCCACUAAGAGGGCACCCAGCAACACAGGCGGAAAUGAGAAAGACUAUAGCCCUAAUGAGAGUGCUCCAAAAUCCCUUGCAAAAAAGGCCAAGAAAAACAUUCAGACAAGCAACAGGCAUUCAGCUCUGUCAUGGAAAACAGAUAAUGACACUGACAUGGUUCCACAGACUAUGAGAUUCCUACCUGCACGGGAACCUGGACCACAGCUGCGUCCUGCUGAUGAACACACUCCUAAGAGUCUCUUCAAAAUGUUCAAAAUGCAAGGAAUAAUGCCACCGCUGGUCGUCGGAACUGCAUGCUUUGCAAAGUACAGCUUGGUAAAAGGCAAGACACACCAGAAAUGCCAGGCAUGUGACAUUUACUUGUGUCUUCAGUUGAAAAGGAACUGUUUUCAAAAAUGGCACACAGAUGUGUGACUGUUCAGAUUCUCUGUUCACCACCUCUCACUGACCAUUGGGCUGCAAAGAUUAUCUAUAUGUGAUCAAGCAGGUUAUGUAUAGGGUGUAAAAGUGGGCUUUUUUUAUAAACCUUACCUUUAUUUGCCUGUAUACACAAAAUGUGCCUUUGACCCUAGUUUAUAUGUGGAUUAUAUUGUUAACUUUAUUUUAAAUAAAAAAGAAAAAAAACAA